GACAAGAUCGGAAGCGGCGAUUCAAGGAUAGUCUACGAUUUGCUGGACUCCGAGACCUCCAAGAUAGCUUUUCAGGAGCUGUUCUCCGAAGUCUACUGGCAGCGCAUGUACCAUGCCGCUGGCGAGGUGCCACGACUUGUCUGCUGCCAAGGCGAUAUCGACGAUGCGGAUGGCAGCAUGCCUGUGUACCGACACCCCUCAGACCAAUCUUUAUCUCUGCUGCACUGGAGUCCGGUCGUCUCAAAGAUCAAAGAAAGAGCUGAAGAAAGAGUCGGACAUAAACUGAAUCAUGCUUUGAUACAGCUGUACAGGAGUGGUCAGGAUCACAUCUCUGAGCACUCUGACAAGACUCUGGAUGUCGUGCCAGGAAGCAACAUCGUCAAUGUUUCGCUUGGUGCUCAACGUACCAUGAGGCUCCGCACGAAGCGUCCCACAACAUUCGAAGGAUCAGGUUCAAGUCCCGAUAAGCAACAGAGAUCUAUCGAUGCAAGUGCAGCAACCGAUACGCAGAUCAAACGAGAAUACGACCGCGCUCGCGUUACACAACGUAUCCCUAUGCCCCACAACAGCAUGUUCGUCAUGGGUCUGGACACGAAUGGAUCUUGGCUUCAUGGUAUCAUGCCAGAUAAGCGCCCAGCUGUUGAGCGCGUCCCUGCAGAGUCCGCUUAUGGCAACAUGCGCAUCUCCAUCACCUUCCGUCAUAUUGGUACAUUCCUCUCGGCCGACUCGAGAUUGAUCUGGGGUCAAGGUGCUGUCGGCAAGAACAAAUCGCAAGCAAGACAAACCAUCAAUGGCCACCCUGAGGAGAGUCAGAGACUGAUCAACGCCUUUGGCUUCGAGAACCAGGGUACAGCACCCGAUUGGAAUGCAGUCUAUGGCCUAGGCUUCGAUGUCCUGCACCUUAAAUCAGAGCUACCCGAG